AUGGUACGUCUUCCGGACACCCCCGGCGAAUGGGAGGAGAACCGCCACACCUCCGGCCGUCUCUUCCUCACCAACCGAGAAACCAGCGAGACAAAGUGGCUCUGGCAGAAAUGGGAAAUGAAUGGCCGCCCCUUCGUUCGGAACAUCGCAGACCCGUCCCAACAUCUCUGGGUCGACGCCAUGGAUUUUCAUAUGCGCAUUGCCUCCGGCAUGGCCACACCGGAAGAAGUUGAACAAUACAAGCGCCACGGAGCCGGCCCACCGCCGCCUCCGCCGCCGCCGCCGCCCAUCUACCCUCCCCAUUUGCCUUACCCGCCGCCACCCACGCAAAAUGGUAUUCCCGCUUUUCGCCAUCCAAACACCCACAACCCCGCCCUCCACUCCCACCCGUAUCCACCUGCGUUCCAGCCGCCUCCGCCAACACGCCCCAUAGCCCCGCCCGCUGCUCCCUUCAACCGCCAUGUCCCGCCCGCAAGCUACGCCGACGCCACCAAGGGCUAUCCCCCACCAUACCAGCCUGGUCCACCAGGCCCGCAUGGUCAGUACAACGGCUAUCCGCCUCCCGCGGAGGGCCAUCCACCUCACCACCACCCGCCGCUUCCACCACCUUCUGUAAAUCCGCAAGUUCAUUCCCGUUUCAGAGCGCUACCCGCCGCCCCACAUGACCGCUACGACUCUGCACAUCAUUUUCCUCCGCACAACCUUCCAUCAGCCCCUUUUCCACUCGAGUAUAACCGAGACGCGACUGCACCGCCCUUUCCCACCGGCCCACAGCCUGACCCUUCCUCUCAACGGUACGACAGCGAACACCAGCAACCUCCUUUCCAUCACCACGAUGCGCGAAACCAUUCUUUUGCUCCUGACUUUGAACAGACCCCGAACCAAACAGAAAAGCGCAACCGCUUUCAAGAAAUUACCCCAAACAACACAGGCCGCUACUGGGCCAACAACCAAGAUUCGAAUAGGAGUAAGAAGCGACUCAAGUCUGACAAGGGGGCAAACGGAAAGCAAAAACAGGGAAAGUCCCGUUUCGCUGCUCUCGCGCCCGUGCCAAAACCAAUACCUCAGUAUCCCCCUCGCCAGCCUCCGCAACCCAUUGAACAUGGUGAUAUGAUACCCGCAACUCACGAUGCCAACUUCCGACCUGCGUCGAAGUAUGCGAAGUCCAUUGCCAAGGUUUGUCUCCAGGUAGCUGAUGUUUCAAAAGUUGCUAUUCUGUAUAACAGAGAUUUCAAGUCUCAUACGCACGUGAAUGGCACGUCUUCACCCCAGGAUACAAAUGGAUACGGUGAAUACGCCUACGAAGCUGUUGUUGGAACGUGUGAGGAAAUCGAAAAGGAUUUCCUGCGUUUGACUUCUGCUCCAAAGCCCUCCGCGGUACGUCCGCCCCACGUCCUCAAACGCGCCGUAGCUCACAUCAAAACGUUGUGGGGGGAAGCCGAACGAGACUACGAUUGGGUUUGCAGACAGUUGAAAAGCGUACGACAAGACUACAAAGUCCAGCACGUCGAAAGCACAGAAGUUCUUGAGGCGUACGAGACCCAUGCGAGAAUUGCACUGGAGAAGAGUGACCUUGGCGAGUUCAAUACCUGCGUCGCCCAAUUGCAGGAACUGUACAAAAAAGUUUCCCGUGCCCAACACAUCCAGGACGAGUUCUCAUCGUACAGAAUACUCUACAACUUGCUCGUGGACGCGAGGGAGUGGGAGCAGAGCAAAAUUCUGGCACAGUUUUCCAAGGCUGAGAGGACCAGGACGGCCACACGAUUUGCACUCAGCAUUCGACAGGCCGUGUUGUCAGGCAAUUACCAGAGUUACUUCAAACUGAGUACAACUCCUCCCCGAAAAACCAUGAUUCAUUACCUCCUCGAUCACUUUCACAAUCGAGUAAGAUGGAGAGCAAUCUCCACGAUGAUUUCAGCUUACGGUCCAACAAAACUCCCGAUUACCUACGUUCAUAAUCAGCUGGGGUGGGCUGACAUUCAGGAUCCUAGUGAGUUUUCCGGUGCCGACCUUGCAGAGAUCAUAAGGUCGAAGGCUGGUGAAAGUGGGCUUCUCAAGGAUUUCAACUCCCUGAAAUUGGAAUUCCUGCCGCGAAGCACUCUCAAGGCGAUCUCGUUUUUACUGACUAUUGGUGUCGUCUUUACAUUUGGAGAAAAAGGGAAGCCCGGAAAGGACCGACUGCUCAUGGACUGCAAGGCAACGAAGAUGGCAGGGCUUAAGAAGUAUGAGGCGUCCAAGCUCAUCACCCAUGCAGGUGCUGAGCGUUCCUGA